AUGUUGUGUGACCAAAAGAAAGAUGAAGGAUAUAAAGAGUUUGAGGAAGAGGUGGAGAAGGCUAGGACGAAAGGAAAGUCCUGGAAGUUAAUAAAUAUAGAAAGAGGCAAAAAAAAGAAAAAGAAAGUAGCUGCAGCCGGGUUACCUUCCGACUGCAUUUAUGCGCAGCAACAACAACAACAACUGCAAUAUCAACAACAACAGCAACAAUAUCAAAAAUCCUUACAAUAUUACCAACAAGCACAACAACAAUACGAAAAGGCUCAACAACAGUAUCAGCAACAACUAUCUGCAUAUUAUAAAGCCCUGGCAGGAGUGGAUAUAUCUUCAUUGACGGGAAUAAAAGGAGGAGCGCCAGGUGGAGUAUCUGCUCAGGGAGGAAUUUGUUCGUCUACAUCGGAGGGAACAAAAGCAGUAGCGCAAAGUGGAAUAUCUGCCCAGGCGGAAGUGAAUUCAUCUACAUCAAGCGGAAACACAGGAGAAUCGGAAGGUGGAAUAUCUGCCCAGGAAGGUGUUAAUUCUUGUAAAUCAGAGGAAAUAAAAGCAGGAGGGCAAGGUGGAAUAUUCGCCCUAGGAGGAGUGAGUUCAUCUGCAUCGGGGGGAAUGAAAGGAGGAGUGCAAGGUGUACUACAAACACUUACAUCCGCACAGUCAGAAGUCAAUUCAUCCAUAUUGGAAAGUAGAAUACAGGCAGCAUCCGUAUCUGCACAAAAACGGCAACAGCAGAAGCAGAAGCAACAACAGCAACAAUACCAACAAGUACAAGUUCAAUACCUGCAAUCAAAACAAGAAUACCAAAAAGCUCAACAACAGUACAAAAAACUGCUUGCUGCAUACUCUAAAGCCCAGACAGAAGUGAAUAUAUCUUCAUCGGGGGGAAUAAAGGGAGGAGCGCAAAGUGAAAGAUCUGCCCAGGCAGGAGUGGAUUCAGCUGCACUGGGGGGAAUAAAAGAAGGAUCGCAAGGUGGAGAAGCGCAAGGUGAAAUAUCUGCCCAGGCGGAAGUGAAUUCAGCUACAUCCGGUGGAAUAAAAGGAGGGGAGCAAGGUGUAAUUUCUGCCCAGGGAGGAGUAGAUUCAUCUACAUUGGGAGUAAUAAAAGGAGGAGCACAAGGUGGUAUAUCUGCCGAGGAAGGAGUUGGUUUAACUACAUUGGAAGAAAUAAAAGGAGAAACGCAAGGUGGCAUAUCUGCCCAGGCGGAUGUGAAUUCAGCUACGUCGGGUGAAAUAAAAGCAGGAGAACAAGGUGGAGUAUCUGCCGAGGGAGCAGUUGAUUUAUCUACAUUGGCAGGAAUAAAAGAAGGAGCGCUAGGUGAGAUAUCUGCUCAGGCGGAAGGGAAUUCAGCUACAUCUGGUGUAAUAACAGGAGAAGAGCAAGGUGGAAUAUAUGCCAAGGAAGGAGUGGAUUCAUAUACAUUGGGAGGAAUAAAAGGAGGAGCGCAAGGGGAAAUAGAAGCCGAUGAAGAAUUGAAUUCAUCUAUAUCGGGAGAAAUGAAAGGAGGGGAUCAAGGUGGAUUUUCUACCCAGGGAGAAUUAAAGGGAAUUAAAGGAGGGGCGCAAGGAGGGAUACAAGCAUCACUUAUAUCUGCUCAGGCAGAAGUGAAUUCAGUUACGUCUGGGGGCAUAAAAGGAGGGGCGCAAGGUGGAAUAUCUGCCCAGGAUGGGGCAAAGGGAAAAAAAGGAGGUGCGGAAGGUGAAUUAUGUGCCGAAGAAGAACUGAAUGCAACUAUAUUGGGUGGAAUAGAAGGAGAAGCGCAAGGUGGAAUAAAAGCAUCUCCUAUAUCUGCCAAGGCAGAAGUGAAUGCAUCUACAUCGGCGGGAACAAAAGGAGGAGCGCAAGAUGGAAUACAAAGAUCACCUAUAUCUGUCAAGGCAGAAGUAAAUGCACCAACAUGGGAUGGAAUAAAAGGAGGAGCGCAAGGUGGAAUAAAAGCAUCACCUAUAAGUGCCAAGGCAGAAUUAGCUUCAGCCCAGUUUUGUCCUAAUUCACCGGAAGGACGAGAACAAUACCGACGAGAAUACCAACAAGCAGUAGAUCAAUACCAACAAAAACUUGCUGCCUAUUAUCAACAAGUUUCAGCUUCAGGAGGAACGCCUCAAGGAGCACCCCCACAGGCAGGAAUGCCCCCAGGAAUGCCCCCACAAGCUGCUGCACAAGCGGCAGCACAAGCCCAUGCUGUUAGCAGCCCACCACCAGGGAAAUAA